CUCAUUUCUCCACACACCAGCUCUGGGUGACAGCUCAGUAGGGGUGUCUGGGAAAUACAGCUUGCUGUAAGGGACUUCUCAGGGAGUUCUACUGACCAGAUACAGAGAGCCCGGAGAGGUAAGAAUGGGCAAAUCCGAAAGCCAAAUGGAUAUCAUGGAAAAAUCUACCAAACCAGGGAAGCGUCGUUGGACUGUUGCGGAGAUUGGGCUGUCCGUGCUGUUGUUGCUGGUCAGCUGUGCCCUAGCUGGACUGAUAGUCCUCUACACAUCGGCUCUGAGAGAGCGGUCCAAUAGACCUGGGGUGUCAAGGAGCUCAGUCACUGAGGGGCAGCAGUAUCAUUCUGGCCCCAGCAAUGUUUGCACAACUCCUGAGUGCGUCACUGCAGCCGCUCGUCUCUUGCAGAACAUGGAUGCGACGGUGGCGCCGUGUCAGAACUUCUACCAAUAUGCUUGUGGGGGCUGGCUGGAGCGUCAUGUCAUCCCAGAGACCAGCUCCCGGCACAGCGUCUUCGACAUCCUCAGAGACAGGCUGGAGAUCGUGCUCAAAGGAGUUUUUGAGACUGAGAGUGAUCAGGACCGUGACGCCUUCAAGAAGGCCAAAACUCUCUACAGCUCCUGCAUGAAUGAGACUCUGAUAGAGCAGCGCGACUCCCAGCCGCUCAUGCUUCUCAUCGACAGCAUAGGAGACUGGCCUGCUGCCUCGGAGGACUGGAACAUCACUACAGAGGAGGCCUGGAGCCUGGAGGACACUCUAGCCACCCUCACCUCUCGUUACCACAAGAAGGUCCUGCUGGACAUGUAUGUAUGGACUGAUGACCGCGACUCCCGGCGCCACAUCAUCUAUAUUGACCAGCCAGGACUAGGAAUGCCAUCCAGGGAGUAUUACUUCAAUGAUGGAAACUACAAAAGGGUGCGAGAGGCCUACCUGCAGUUCAUGGUUUCCAUGGUGAGGAUUGCCCGCGAAGACAGGAACUUGACCCAGGAAGAUGAUCGUGUGGUGGAGGAGAUGGUGCAGGUGCUGGAGCUGGAAACAGAUAUCGCCAAUGCCACAUCCCCCGCAGAGGAGCGUCAGGAUGUCACGAUUCUCUACAAAAAGAUGACCCUGACUGAGCUGCAGGAGUCCUUUAAUCUCAAUGGUUUUAACUGGACAAGGUUUGUGCGUGGUGUGUUGUCCAGUGUGGCUGUGAAGGUACAGCUGGAGGAGGAGGUGGUGGUCUACAGCGCCCCCUACCUGGAGAAGAUGAACAAAGUGCUCUCCAAACACACUAUCAGAACCAUGCAGAACUACCUCACCUGGCAGGUCGUCAUGGAGAGAGUCAGCAGCCUGAGUCGCCGCUUCAAAGAUGCCAGGGCACACUAUAGAAAGGCCCUGUAUGGGACGACCGUGGAGGAGGCGCGGUGGAGGGACUGUGUGCGUUACGUUCAGGGCAGCAUGGACAACGCAGUGGGGGCUCUGUAUGUGCGAGAGACCUUUGCUGGCGAGAGUAAACGCAUGGUGAGUGACCUCAUCAGUAAGAUCCAGGAAGCGUACGUGGAGACGCUAGAGGAGUUGAGCUGGAUGGAUGACCAGUCUAAGGAAAAGGCAAGAGAGAAGGCCAUGGCCAUCAAGGAGCAUAUUGGCUAUCCUGACCACAUUCUGGAAGAGAGCAAUCUGAAGCUUGACCAGGAGUAUGCCCAUCUGAACUUUAGUGAGGAGAACUACUUUGAGAACAUCCUUGAGAACCUGCAGGCUGAAGCACACAAGAGUUUGAAGAAGCUGAGAGAGCCGGUCGACCCGGACAUGUGGAUCAUUGGUGCUGCUGUGGUCAAUGCUUUCUACUCACCAAACAGAAACCAGAUAGUAUUCCCUGCUGGUAUCCUGCAGCCUCCUUUCUUCAGUAAGCAGCAGCUCCAGGCCCUGAACUUUGGAGGAAUAGGGAUGGUCAUUGGACAUGAGAUCACCCAUGGGUUUGAUGACAAUGGUCGUAAUUUUGAUAAGGAUGGUAACAUGCUUAAUUGGUGGAGUAAUUAUUCUGCUGAGCACUUUAAGGACCAGUCGCAGUGCAUGGUGCAACAAUAUGGCAACUUCAACUGGAAACUUGCAGGUGGACAAAAUGUCAGUGGAAUUAGCACUUUGGGGGAGAACAUCGCCGACAACGGAGGAGUUCGGCAAGCCUAUAAGGCCUACAUGAAGUGGAUGGAGAGAGAAGGUGAAGAGCAUCGUUUACCUGGUCUGGACAUGGACCACAAGCAACUUUUCUUUCUUAACUUUGCCCAAGUAUGGUGUGGUGCCUAUCGGCCUGAAUAUGCAAGCCAGUCCAUCAAGACAGACUCCCACAGUCCCCUGGAAUACAGGGUACUUGGCUCCCUACAGAAUUUUGGAGCAUUCUCAGAGGCAUUCCAGUGCAAACCAGGUACUCCCAUGAACCCUGAGAUAAAAUGUCGGGUGUGGUAGCCAGUUCCUGUCUUCUUCUACUAUUGUUAAUUAUUUCUUGACUGGGGCAACUGAACAAAAGAACAUGAUUUACUACCACCUUGUGUUAUACUGAUGCCACAUAUGCAUCCUGCCUUAGAGUAUGUCUGAUGGAUUUACAUGGCAGAAGAAAACAUAGAUAUUUACACAAGUGUUUUAACAGUGUGUAAAUACAGAAUACAGUUUAUAUAUGGACUGGAUAACUGACCAAACUACAUCCUAGUAUCACCAUUUGAAGCAGAUUAAAACUAAGAUGAGACAGGAAAAACACUUGCAAGGAGUAUGUACUUAUAUGGCUACUCAGCUUAAAGAUGUUGUCUGUGGGUGAACAGUUUUACUUGUGGUUUUGUUGUAUACACUCUCAGAAAAAAAGAUUCUAGGUAGAACCACAAAUAUGGAUAUGCUUGAUUCAUAUAUGGCACCCCUAAAGGUUCUAUAUAGAACCCUUUUUGUAGGGCUCUUUGAUCAGAACAUCAGGGGUUCUUCUUCACUGAACCAAAAUUGGUUCCAUAUAGAACCUUUGGGAUCCAUAUAGGGUUCUAUAUGGAACCCAUUUCGGUUCUAUAUAGAACUUUAAGUCUGCCAUAUAUGAAGCAAGCAUAGAACCCUUAUUGGAUCCCAAAGUGUGUACAUGUAUACAUCUGAAGCUCCUAUGCACCACUGUGGGUGGUCAGUUGAUACAUGCAUAGUCGGGCAAAUGUAGGACAUUCCUAAGACCUUGUAGAAUAGGUCUCAGCCGAGCUGGCUUUAAAUGCUUUAACUGACUUUUUGAAGAAUUUCCUAAACAACUCUUUGUGCUUUUUGUCAAGUCAUUCAGAUGGCAAAUCCACAGCGCUUUGAAGCCCACAUAUUUAGUGGCUUAAAUCUAUGUGCACCGAGUAUCUUUUGGCACCGUGUUGCCUUGUGCGAUCCUGUCUGAUAUGAAUCAACAUUGUUUCCACGAUGAAAUUACGUGGAACCAACGUAGAAUAGACGUUGAAUUGAUGUCUGUUCCCAGUGGGAAGUCUGUCAUUACAGUGUGACUACGAAAUGAAUAAAGGCUCUGUGAGAAAAUGUAAGCAGCGGUGAACUAGAGCUGGCUUGGCUAAGUCACUCUUUGAAAUUAAACAAUUUACCUGAAGACAUCAGACUGUUAAACCUUUGCAGCUUUAAUCUUAUAUGAACAUUUUGAAAAUCUAAAAAAGAUGGCUUAAAAUGUUUUUGCUAUAACAUACAUAAAUGUGAAAUCUACAAAGAUAUAAUUGCUUGGAAAGUAGCUUAAAAGACUUGCUAGACUAGCACUGUUUUGUUUGAGUUAUAGUGAUGAUGAUCUGCCACGGAGUGAUCAGUAUCUUAUUUAUGAUAGAUACUCAAUACUCGGUCACAACUGUAAGUCCUGAAACUGUAAGUGAUUUUAAUUACUGUAUGUGUUGUGUUACAUUUCAGAGAUAAACAUUUGAUCAACCAGUGUUCCUUAUCUCAGACUAUGUUCUAAGCAUUGGGCCUUAUGAGGAUACAG